AGCAUGUUACAAAUAGAUAGGGGCUUUAUAACUUAUGUAACGUAGCACAAUGACAAUGUAAACAACGCUAAUGAUGUUUGGACGCCUCUGAACUCGGUUGGUAUCAAGGGUCGAACCUCCCACGUGAUGAAAGGCUCAAGAAUGGAGUCGGAAGAGGCUAUGAGAAAUUGUAAAAUUGACCAGAAGCGCCAGUUCACUUCAAACAGAGUGGAGCAUUGUUAUUUCUAGGUAAAUAACCGAACUAUCAAAACCUUCUCGGAUAAUCGCUUUGGGAUCAAACGCUGUGCACGGGACCGCAGCCAAGCUCUAGUCGGGUACCUGGCGAUGCGAUGGGAGAGCGAGUACCGCAGAGAUGAUGCGUUUUCUACUGGAUUGCUUGCGGACGCCAAGGCAACGGGCACCGUGCAGUGAGAGGGACAAGGACUUUGUGGAACAGGACGAGUGUGUUGCUCAGAAGACUGGAGAAAUCAGAGACCUGCAGGAUGCCGUGCAGCAGGAGGGCAUUGAGCUGGAGGAGCAGCGGGGAGACCGCCAGGAGCUGGAGGAGACCCUGGAGAAGCUGGAGCAGCACAGGAUGGAGCUGGAGGACCAGCUCAAACUGACCAGGCUGGAGUGUGUCCAAGAGAGCCAGCAGAUUCUUUCCCUGCAGGCAGAGGAGGUGGACAGGGAAACGAAGGUGGAGGAGUAUGAGCGGGAGCUGGCCCGGGCAAGGAGGAAACUCAAACAGCUGAAAAUGGAGGUCAGACGGGCCCAGGGGAAGGUGGAGGAGGCGGGCGAACGCACCAUCCCUCUGGAGGAGUCCAUCAGCCAAUCAUAUGAGGAGAUUUUACAGGAGGAGCAGACGCUCAGUAUACUUAGUGGGGAGCGGACGGGAGAUGCAAUACUGCCAGACCACCAGCAGGUGGAGCCAAUCGACACAUCCCCCAUCAGCCUCAGGACAGAGGACGGAAAUCUUGACGUCCCCUCUGUACCAGCCAGAUCAUGGGGCAGGAGCCAAUCACUGCCUGUCUAUGCUGAAAUCCUGGCAAACCUUGGGUGUGCGGCUCGCGCUAAGAACGGAUUGGCUGAUACACAAGAAGAGGAGGAGGAGACAACUACACCAAGCACACCAAAGCAUAUGGAUAAGGGAGAAAAGGAAGAGAAAGUGGAGGACGAAGAAAAGAUUUCCCAAACACGAUCCACCAGUAGCAUAGCAGUUGAAGAGCUCGACUUCUACCACCCCGACCCCUUCAUUCACUGUGAAUCUGAAGAUUACCUUUUCAAAGAUGACGACCUCUUUGCCAAAACAGAUCAAUCUGAUGAUGACCCGUUCAAAGGCACAGACCCCUUCGCUGCAGACAUCCUCUUUCCAGAGGGGACAGAGGAGCCCUAUCCCUCCACUGAUCCGGAUACCCGCCUGGAACUUGGAUCUAACGACGAGACAGACAACAGCCUCUCCUGCGCUGAGAACAAAGCCUCCACCGGCACCCAGUGCUUCGAGUCCGAGUUCCCCGACGAGGACGAAUCCAGCGACAUAGAAAUCAGUUACAGCAGGGAGGAUCUGGACCCUGUUCACAUGGACGCUGUUGAACUCUCCUUCGUUGAGCCCCAAUCCUUGAUCAUGACCGAACGCUUGGGUUUCAAGCCCAUCUAUGCAGCUCAAACUUGUUCCUUGGAAACUGAAUUAGAUGACGCAGAAGAACCCGGCGUAGCUUCUGGGCGAGAACCCUUCAGUCAAGCAUCCAGGGCCAACACCUGGGCUGCUGGACCCAACUUCUCCACCGAAUCCGACCCUAAUGGAUACGAGUUUGACAUCAACGCAGUAUCCCCUCCUUCCGACAUAGAAGAGAUUGACAUCACUCUUGGAUCUAUUCCAGUUGACUUUGACCUGGUGCCACCUGGGUAUGACUCCGUGGAACCCAGCUACCCUGUUGGGAUUCAGGCUUGUGACUCAGAACCUGCCGGAACAGGUGGAUGCGACCUUCCUGAACCCAGCCCUCCUGUACCCACCCGUCCGGUCCGUCCACCUAGACGCCUCAAAGGGGGAGCGUCAGCGGACCUUGUGGAAGAGCCAGACACUCCCAAAGCUGAAGGCUGUGAUCCAGGUUCUUCCAACCGCUCUGCUGAUUCAGAGUUGGACAGUGCUAUCGGGAUGGACCCUCUUACCAGCUCAGCUGAACACAACAGUAAAUUCAGCUUCGGCAACAACAGUUUUGAGCUGAACUACGAGCCCAACUAUGAGCCCAGUAGUCAAACUUCAUACAACUAUGGAUUUAAACUCAGCCCCGAACACCACAGCGAAGAGAUCUUAGAUCCUUUUGCCGCUGAACUCAGCGAUGAAGAAGCUGACAACCAAGCCUCAUUUGAUCCUUACGAAUUUGAGCCUAUUGCUCAAUCUGAGAACCAAGACGUGUUCGACCCUUAUGGGUUUGGACAUACAUCUCAUGCCACUGACCGAGACACAUUUGACCCCUAUGGUUUCAAACUCUUAAGUUUUGAGACUGACAACCAAGCUAUCGUCGACUUACACAGCGGCGAUGAUACGAACCUUGAAGACAACAAUAACACAGACAAAAGGGACUCCCUUAGCUUCGAUUUCAGUAACACAGCUUCAAUGGACCCCUAUAGUUCAGAACCCAGUAAUACUGCAACAAUGGAUCUCCUUGGUCUGGAUCUCAGCAGAGCCAACAGUGUUGCUGAGUCAGACUGUAACAAUCCUACAGCGUUUGACCCAUUAGGAACAGUACAAACUAUGGCAGCAGGAAGCAAUCUACUGGACCUGGACCUUGUGUUUGGAAGAAGUAGUUAUAGUGAUAACCCUGAAGUCGCCACUGACCUCUACCACUGUGAGCCUAGACAGGGAAACCCUGCUGGUCCAGACAACUUAGAAUUCAGAUUGAGAGACACCGCCCACUCUGAGUCUGUAGACACCGUUUCUGACUGGAUGACUGUUAAGACCAACUCCAGGGAAUCCUUGUCCUUUGGCCCAGUCAAACACAGCACACACAGCCUGGACAAAUGAACCAUUCCCUGGAAAGAAGACACCAGUGUGGUCAUGACUCUGCAGUAUAGUACAACAAUGGGGAAGUAGAUGGAAGGAUAUGAAGCAAAGGCGGGAAUGAGUCUCUUUUCUCCAAGCUGGCAUGAUUCACCUUGACCCCUAGUCAAGGGUUGCAACAUUGCAUUGAUUUGAAUGUGAUUGAUAUGUUAAUUGAAAAUCAUAAUUUGAUUAAUCUAAUUUGAGUUAUUAAUUGCUGAUGGUUGCUUUGCAGUUAUACGGCCUUGGUUUGUUCAACACCCUGUUAAAGUUGCAAUACAGUAUUGAAUCUGGGUCCAGAUGCAGUAGGUUCUCGGAGGUGAGAACAAACAAUUCCACAUCCCUCGAGUUUGAAUUGCAUGAAAACCAAAGGAUUUAUUAUCCUUGUUUAUCUUGAAACUCUUCACAACCAUCCAUCCUUUAUCCGAUUUACAGUAUAUGAGGUGCCAAGGGAUAGGGAAAAGGAUGGAGUGAAUAGUUUGGUGUUGAGCCAUCUGCAAAUACAACAGACUACUUUUGAGGGAGGUGAGAAAACCAGGUUGGUAGAAUGCAGGGUCUGAGCAGUAUUGUGUUAAAUUUGAUUAGUCAACUGAUAAUAAGAAAAGCCAACUGUGGCCAAUACAAAUUGUUACAUAACAGUUUAACACCCCUUGGACCUUCCACGACCGGAUUUGCCCACUCCUGGUUGACUAUAUAAUAUUUUAACUACCAAUGUGACAUGGCGCGAGCCAAACGUUGAACAACUACACGUAUAUACAUCGGUAUGUACUUUCUCAGACCCCCUGGGCCAGUAAUACAUAGAUCAAU